UGUGUGUGAGAGAGAGAGAGAGAGAGAGAGAGAGAGCGCAACAAACUCAACAACUCUCGCAAAAGUGAAACUCGGACGCAGUGUGUCAGCUGCUUUCCAACACUCAGGAUCCGCGUUUGUACUGCGAGCGACCAGGACGCACUCGAGCUCAGUUUCCAAGCCUGGAAAUAAAGCUCUAAAACCCUACACGGCUUGUGUCAGCUGGCAUUGGCAUGAGCUAACCCGAUCAGACAUGGAAACCAAGCCAUUCUUAUCAUUGGGGUUCCUGAAACCCCAGUGCUCGCUGGCGCCGCCCCCUCAGAGAGGCCGUUCGGGGGAAUCCUGCUCCUGUUUCACCGGCAUGUGUCCUCUCCAUCAGCGCAGACUCUCCACAGAAUCGGGUCAGAUGAUCUCAUCUCCUCUGAGCUCUCCCACAUCCCACCGUCCCAUGCACCCUUCCCUUCUGAGCCCGACAUCCAUCGGAGCCUCGGGAUCCCUGCAUUCUCCCAUUAGCACACUCAGCUCGCCAAUGAACGGCCUCGGCUCUCCUUUCUCAGUCAUCAGCUCACCCAUGGGCCCGCACUCCAUGGCAUCUCCCGGCAUGGCCUAUGGCCCCAGUGUAAGCCCACAGUUCAUGCUAGACCCUACUUUUCAUGACGACGGACGGAUCCUGGACGCUGUACCACAAAGACUAUACAGACUUGGAGGUGGAUUGGCUAUGCAGGAGUCAGCACACUGUCAGCAUACAUACUGGUUGAACUCGCCGAUGAACUCCGUGAGCAGCUCCGAGGACAUCAAGCCUCCGGUGGGCAUUAACGGCAUGAUGAAGUUGCCAGCGCAGUCCUCGGGGAACCCUCUGUCUCUCACCAAACACAUCUGUGCCAUUUGCGGGGAUCGCUCCUCUGGUAAACACUACGGCGUCUACAGCUGUGAGGGCUGCAAGGGGUUCUUUAAGCGAACCGUACGGAAAGACCUGACCUACACCUGCAGAGACAACAAGGACUGCGUGAUCGACAAACGGCAGCGAAACCGCUGCCAAUACUGCCGCUAUCAGAAAUGCCUGGCUAUGGGCAUGAAGAGAGAAGUUUUUUUGCAUACAGCCGUUCAGGAGGAGCGACAGCGAGCCAAGGAUCGGAAUGAGAAUGAGGUGGAGUCGAGCAGCAGCGCCAAUGAGGACAUGCCUGUGGAGAAGAUCCUAGAGGCCGAACUGGCUGUUGAGCCCAAGACCGAGACAUACAUCGAGACCAACCUGGGCGUGCCGUCCAAUUCGCCCAAUGAUCCGGUCACUAAUAUUUGCCAAGCAGCAGACAAGCAGCUCUUCACCCUGGUGGAGUGGGCCAAGAGGAUCCCACACUUCUCAGAGCUGCCCCUGGACGAUCAGGUCAUCCUGCUACGAGCAGGCUGGAAUGAGCUGCUGAUUGCAUCGUUCUCGCAUCGCUCAAUAGCUGUAAAAGAUGGCAUUCUGCUGGCCACCGGGCUCCACGUGCACAGAAACAGCGCCCACAGUGCCGGAGUGGGAGCCAUAUUCGACAGAGUGCUCACAGAGUUGGUGUCAAAGAUGAGGGACAUGCAGAUGGAUAAAACAGAGCUGGGCUGCCUACGAGCCAUAGUGCUGUUUAAUCCAGACUCUAAAGGCCUGUCAAACCCCAGUGAAGUGGAGGCUCUGAGGGAGAAGGUUUAUGCCUCUCUGGAAGCGUACUGCAAGCAGAAGUACCCCGAUCAACCCGGGAGGUUUGCGAAGCUGUUACUGCGGCUUCCCGCACUGCGUUCCAUCGGCCUCAAGUGUCUAGAACACUUGUUCUUUUUUAAGCUCAUCGGGGACACACCCAUCGACACCUUCCUCAUGGAGAUGCUGGAGGCGCCCCAUCAAAUGACGUAAAGAUGCCACGCCCACUUUCUGGGAGACCGGGCGGGAGGGGGAGGGCUAGCCCCGCCUCCUCCUUAACAAGACUGAUCACAUGACGUUAUACACCGGAGAGGGGCUCAGCAAGCGUUCCCUCUUAUCCAGUGUCUCGCAAACGCGCCCGAUAGGGUCUCUUUUUAUACCUUGUACAAAGAUAUAAAUAAAAUACGAAUCAUUUGAGUGGGACUCAACACGAGGCAACAUGAUGACUGAACUAUAAAAAUCAUGUGGGGUUAAAUGUAAAAGAAAACACAACAUGAGACUCUUUGGAACAGAAUGAUUGCUGGAAAUGUCAGGGGACAGAGUAAAAACCUGGACUUAUUAUAGAACAACUGGAUUGGAGCCGUGGUUCUGACUCGAUCUGGCUCUUGAUUAAAGCAGAAAAAGCCUCAACAACAUCCGGCUCCAGACGUCUGGGGAUACGAGUACCGAGACGGACAGGACAUCAAGUUAAUCAUGAUGACGACGAGAACGAUGAGAACGUCAGAAAACCUCUUGGAUUGUUGGACUCUCGGAACGCUUCGGUUCUUCAGCAUGUUGGUAUGAGCGAAACCGUCCCACUGUAUCUUGUGAGGGAACAGGAAGUGAAAAAUUUUCGUUGUAUCGACUCCGCUCACAACUCUCGCUGACUUUUCACUGUGUCUUGGUUCCUCUCCCGGACGUACACGGAUCUUUUUGAACACUAAGUUUCUUCUCUCUGCGUUUUUGCCAUUCUGUUCAAACAAAAACUCCCAGUAAAGUCAAUCCGAAAUGGAAAAAGUCACAGUGUAAGCCUCUAUUACAGCAAAUCAUUCGCUUAAUACAUUAGUGACGUGUCGUUCAGGAACGAGUCGUUAAUAUCGAACGAAUCUUUAACAUGACUCAGAAGAACGAGUCGUCUCAAAGAGCGAGUCGUUCGUUUUCUACCGGACGUGCAUGAGCAAAGCAUCGUGAAAUCUACGUAGGUUAUGUACAGGAAACACAAUCGAGUAGUUCACCGCUCCACUCUUCCGGUCCUAACCGUUCGUCCUUUCGUAACGUGACUCCUGUUGACGUUACGAAGGUGAUUAAACGAACGAAAUGAACUAAAUGACUCGUCCAUUAUGAUGAACGAGAUUCAAGCAACCGAGUCACUGAAAUGAUAGACAUGCACCAAGUGUUAGUGUUAAGAAUUUUGACAUCGCAGUUUACGAGCGCCACCUGCUGGGCUUGUGUGGUCACGUGAGCACUUUCAAAAAAAUACAGUUAUAGACAGAUAUUUUCCAAAACAUUGUUAGUCUGAACAGAGGCUAUUUCGCAAACACUGUUCAUUUGGACAGACAUAUUUUCAACAAAAAAAAAAAUUAUAUUUAUUUUAAACCAGAAGGGUAAAAUCUACAUUUUCAAAAGCAUCCGUAUACGUGAGAACGGAGCCCCUCAAAGAAGCCCAGAUCCUUCACCUUCACUAAAGCCGGUUGUUCACGGUACACCACUUCACUUCCCUCACAGUAUAACCCAGGUAUGGGAUGAGGCAUCACUUGUAAACAAACGUUACUGCCGCACUCAGUAUUCAUUUCUGUUUCACAACGUGCAAUUACCUCUUCUACUCCUCAGCCGUCGGUCCCUGAAACCCUCUCUCUCUUUUGACGAAACUCCUCGAACUCUCUGUUCACCUUAUGAGGACCUUCUUCUUUGUUAGCACUUACCCUCGUAUUCUGAGCCUUAGCCGGUUAGUUGGCUCUUGAGAGGGGGACAGGGGGCCAAUGACCACCCACAGCCUGCACUUCUAUGGGCAAACCAAGUGUUGUUUAAGUUUUUUUUUUCUUGAGUGUGAAAUUUCCUGAUCUAUGUAAUGUUCCUAUAUUCUUCAUCUUUGUUUUUUGUUUGUUUUCUCCCAACGCUGCUGCUGCUGCUUAACUAUGCAUCUUAGCAUUCUUUCCAAAGACUGCCAAUGGUGAGGACGUUAUUAUUUUGUUUUUUAAGUAUAUACAACACACCAAACCGACCCUGAGCCUCGGUCUGAGUUUUAUUAGGACUAUAAUAGUAGCAGGACCAGGGAUUGGUUCGCAGGUGCUAAUAAUGUGUAUGCAUACAGAGUUCUGAAGCAGUUUAAUUGCAGUGAGGAAAUAAGAGAGCUGUUACCUCCCCCUAGUGGAUGAGAUGCAACCUUGCAGAAGUACAUGAAGGAUUUAUUUGGGGGCAAAAAUAAUGGCACUUUUUCAAUGUUUUAUAUCUUACCUUCAGCUGGACAUCGGAUUGGAGAUGGUCAGAACAUGAGUUCUUGAUCGGUUAAUAUAAUUAACUGAGAUUUGUAAUCGGAAAAAUGUCUUACAUAACAUCUGGAAACCGUUAUGUUUUAAUCGCAUGAUUCGAGUCUUGAAGACAUGAAACACGGAUUGGUGGAUUGGAUUUCUAAAAAAAAAAAAAAAUUGCAGGAAAAAGUCCACUGAAAACAAACAGAUGAUCAGGCAGGACUUUAUUAAUAUCCUAUACUUACUGUUAUAUAUAUAGUUUUUGCACUGGAGCUACAAUGCUGAAAUGGACCCAAGAUCUUUUUCUCCUUGAUUCGGAUAUUUUUACUGAUGAGGUUUAUCCAAGUGUGUUUGGAUUCUGAAUUCUUUUGAAUUCUGGUAUCUGACCUGUAUUGCUUUUGCCGUAGCUCAUUUUUCAGACUUCAGUUGUGGUCUGUUAAAAAAAAAAAGAAAAGAAAAUGACGGUGUGGCUAAUUAUUAAGUGGAAUUCACACAGAUAAUUUCUACAUUCUAGAAUUUAUUAAACAAAAAUAAAUUCUGCCUGAUAGCAAUAUUUCUUGCUAGCAAAGUUGACAGUGUUGGAUGAAUGGGAAUGUUGACUGCAUUCCAGGCUUCCUCACUUCUCCUACAUCAGUUCCUGACACUUUAAAAAAUCUAGUAGAACAUCUUAGAAAAGUGGAAGUGAAUAUAACAAUAAAUGUCCAAAGAAAUCUUACGUCCACAAAAUUUCGUUUAUGUAAUGUUCAUAUAAAAAUAUAGAAAGGAUUUUGGGAAGGACUUCCAUUACUUUUCGAGCAACAGUUGCUCCAGUGCAAAACUGAAGAAAACAAAGUAUCUGGGCCUAAUGUUUUCUCUUCAGAGGAUUCAACCGAAAUCCAUUACAAAUUUGUUCAGACAUAUGGAUUAAAACCGAGAUGCACCUUGGAUCUUACACCCACUAUCAGGUCUUACAUUAUGGAUUGAUCACCACAGGGAUCCUGAAGCCAUACACGGGUUUGUAAAAUCAGUACCAACACCAGACACGUUCUCCUGCAGCAAGCAUGACUCCGCUGAACUAAAAGAUCUUCAAUGCUUUCUACAAACCACAAAAGCUCUAUUUUUGUCUAUAUGUACAUGUGUAUAUAUUUAGAAAUAUAAAUAUAUAGAGAGAUAUAUAAAAAUGCUUAAAUGUUCCCAAUGUUUUAAUGUUAGCAAGAAAAGACACAGGAAAACGUGCUUCAGUAACAUCUAAAAAAAAUUGUACAAAUAAAUAAAAAAUAAUCAACAGGCCUAAUUGCACUGUGUACUAUUCGGAAAGGAUUUACGAGGGUUUUUAUAUUUAAAAAAAAGAAACAAAAAGGAAAAAAAAAAAGGAAUAGAAGAUCCGAGCGAACCCACGAUCACGCACCAGCUCCUUCACUGUUUUACAAUCGCAAUCAUCCUUACCAGACCUCGAGAACUGCGAAAGACAAGCCAAAAAAAAGAAGACGAAUCAAAUGCGAGGCAAAGAAGCCGUGGUUUAUUCCGUCAGCUCGGAAUUUCACGUGGAAAUCAUCCGAAACUUUUUUUUUCCAGGUGCGUUUUUAUAAAAACCUGGGUCUUUUAUUAUGAUUUUUUUUUUUUUUUUAAGCUAAUCAAUUAACGCGAAUCAGGAAAGUCUUAAUGAUAAUGAUUACGAUCCGAAUCGACUUCAUGAGUUCAGACUUACAGGGAAAUAAAGGAAUUAAAAGAUUACGUCAUCGCCUAAUGAGGACGAUCUUUGACCGUCACGCAAUCACUUGUUUAAUUGCUACACAGAGAGACGCCUAAAAUAAAAGACACAAAGAUCUAUUUUUGUACAAAUGUAAUUUUAUCUUCUUGCUCACAUCUUCAUACUUUCCUUCACACCUCCUGAUCAUGGGCUGUUGUAUACAUUUGUGUAAAUGUUGAUUUGAUAUGGGAACGAGUGGACAAACUCAGGCCUCUAUUAACAGCGGGGAAUAAAGAGGUCACCGGUGACACAGUUUUUGCAGCUUUCGCCUGUAUUUUACCUUUUUUUUGUUUGUUUUGUCGUCUGUUUUCUAAUUCAGGUGUCACUGAGUGACAGGAUCCUUUGGCUAUUUUUUUGUCUGUUUUAAAAGAUUGUUAUUUGUGCUUUGUUCGUUGUUGUUCUUUCAUGAGAAUAGGAAAAAAAAAUUAAAGAUUAAAACGUU